UUCGCGUAGCCACGCCCCGAUCGCCUCAGCGAUGGCGGCGCCGCGCCCGGGCCUGGCCCCGCUCCCGUUGGAGCCGCCGCGGGUACCGGAGAUGCUGGUUCGGGGCAGCAAGUUCAUCCGGUGGGAAGAGGAACCGGCCACCCGCACCCUGGUGACGCUGCGCGUUGACCCCGAUGGCUUCUUCCUGUAUUGGACUGGUCCCAGUAUGGAGGUGGAUCUCUUGGACAUCGCUGUCAUCCGCGACACCCGGACCGGGCGCUAUGCACGGGUGCCAAAGGACCCCCGCACACGGGAGCUGUUGGGGUUUGGGGUUGCCGGGGGGCACCCCCAGGAGCGGCUCCUGACCGUGGUGCACGGCCCCGACAUGGUCAACAUCACCUUCCUCAACUUCCUGGCUGUGCAGGACCACGUGGCCAAGGUAUGGACCGAGGAGCUCUUCAAGUUGGCCACCAACAUCCUGGCCCGGAAUGCAUCACGGAACACGUUCCUGCGUAAAGCUUACACGAAGCUGCGGCUCCAGGUGAACCAGGACGGGCGCAUCCCUGUCAAGAACAUCCUGAAGAUGUUCUCUGCGGACAAGAAGCGCGUGGAGUCAGCGCUGGAGUCCUGUGGGCUGAGCUGCAACCGGGCUGACUCCAUCCCCCCUGAGCUCUUCUCCUUGGACACUUUCCGACGCUUCCUGAGCAAGCUCUGCCUGCGUCCUGACAUCGACCGGAUCCUGCUGGAGAUGGGUGCCGCAGGGAAGCCGUACGUGAGCCUGGAGCAGCUGCGGGACUUCCUGAACGGGCGGCAGAGGGAUCAGCGGCUCAAUGAGAUCCUGUUCCCCCCCCUGAGUGUGGAACAGGCCCAGGCGCUGGUGCAGAGAUAUGAGCCCAACCUGCAGUUCCGGCAGCGGGGGCAGAUGUCCAUGGAGGGCUUCGGGCGGUUCCUGGGGGGGGAGGAGAACAGCAUCGUCCCCCCCGAGAGCCUGAGCCUGCACCAGGACAUGAGCCAGCCGCUGAGCAGCUACUUCAUCAGCUCCUCGCACAACACCUACCUCACUGCGGGUCAGCUGACCGGCGCCUCCUCGGUGGAGAUGUACCGGCAGGUGCUGCUGAGCGGCUGCCGCUGUGUGGAGCUGGACUGUUGGCAGGGGCGCCCCCCGGAGGAGGAGCCGGUUAUUACACAUGGGUUCACCAUGACCACCGAGAUCCCCUUCAAGGAGGUGAUCGAGGCCAUUGCCGAAAGUGCCUUCAAGACGUCGCCGUAUCCUGUGAUCCUGUCCUUUGAGAACCACGUGGACUCGGCCAAGCAGCAGGCGAAGAUGGCCGAGUAUUGCCGCAGCAUCUUUGGGGAUGCGCUGCUCAUCGACCCCCUGGACAAGUACCCGCUGGAGCCGGGGGUGCCCCUGCCCAGCCCCCAGGACCUCCUGGGCCGGAUCCUGGUCAAGAACAAGAAGCGGCACCCGAGGGGGACCCCAAAACCACCGCUGAACCCCAAAACCAGCGACCCCGGCCCCCCCCCGGAGCCCCCCGAAGUUGGGGUCCCCCCAGUGCCCAAUGGGGAGGAGAAGGGGCCCAGACUGGGGGAACCCCGGAAGUCCAUUGACCGCGAUGCUGACAGUGAGGAGGAGGAGGAGGAGGAACCAGCAGAGAUGAAGAAGCCAACGACCGAUGAGGGCACAGCCAGCAGUGAGGUCACAGCCACAGAGGAGAUGUCCACACUGGUCAACUACAUCCAACCUGUCAAGUUCAAGUCAUUCCAGGCUGCCCGAAAACGCAACAAAGCCUUUGAGAUGUCAUCCUUUGUGGAGACCAAGGGACUGGAGCAGCUCACAAAGAGUCCCCUCGAGUUCGUGGAGUACAACAAGCGCCAGCUGAGCCGGGUCUAUCCCAAGGGCACCCGCGUGGACUCCUCCAACUUCCAGCCCCAGCUCUUCUGGAACGCCGGGUGCCACAUGGCAGCGCUCAACUUCCAGACGCUCGACGUGCCCAUGCAGCUGAACCUGGGGCUGUUUGAGUACAACGCUCGCUGUGGGCUCCUGCUCAAGCCUGAGUUCAUGCGACGACCGGACAAAGCCUUUGACCCCUUUGCUGAGGACCUGGUGGAUGGGAUCGUGGCCAACACCCUGAGGGUGCAGGUGAUCUCGGGGCAGUUCCUCUCGGAGCGCCGGGGGGGGGUGUACGUGGAGGUUGAUGUGUUCGGGCUCCCGGUGGACACUCGGCGCCGGUUCCGGACGCGGCCGUGUCAGGGGAACCCGUUUAACCCGGUGUGGGACGAGGAGCCCUUCCUGUUCCCCAAGGUGGUACUGCCCUCACUCGCCUCCCUGCGUGUGGCUGCCUAUGAGGAGGGCGGAAGGUUCCUGGGGCACCGGGUGCUGCCGGUGGCGGCGCUGCGGUCAGGAUACCACUACGUGUGCCUGCGCAAUGAGAGCAACCAGCCCCUGUGCCUGCCUGCCCUGCUGCUCUACACACAGGCCUGCGACUACGUCCCCCAGGGACACCAGGAUUAUGCCGAGGCCUUGAGCAAUCCCAUCAAACACGUGAGCCUCAUGGACCAGCGCGCCCGGCAGCUGGCAGCCCUCAUGGGGGAUGGAGAGGAGAACCCCGAGAAGCCGCGUGAGAGCCUGGGGGGGUCCCGAGGGGACGCAGCCACCGACCCCCCCCCCCGAUCCAGCCCAGGGCAAAGGGACGACCUCAUUGCCAGCGUCCUCACAGAGGUGGUGCCCCCCUCGCUGCAGGAGCUGCAGCAGCACAAGGCCUACGUGAAGCUGCUCAAGCAGCAGGGCCGGGAGCUGAAGGAGCUGCACAAGAAGCACCUCAAGAGGCUCCUGACCCUGCACAAGCGGCUGGCAGGGAGCAGCAAAGGGGCAGCAGGAGAGCUGCUGGAGCUGAGGCAGGAGCAGCACCGGGCAGAGCACGGCUGCAGGAGGGAGCACCUGCGGCAGGCCCAGCAGCGGCUGCGGGAGGUGGCUCUGGAGGCUCAGGCUGCACAGCUCAAGCGCCUGCGGCAAACGAGUGAGAGGGAGAAGAAGGAGCUGCAGAAGAUCCUGGACCGGAAGAGGCAUCACAGCAUCACUGAGGCUCGAGGCCGGCGAGGGGGGGGGGAGCUGACGGAGAUCAACCGGCGCCACAUCAAUGAGUCAGUGACCUCCAUCCGCAGGCUGGAGGAGGCACAGCAGCGGCGCCAGGAGAAGCUGCUCGAGGGGCACCGAGGGGUCCUGGAGCAGAUCCAAGCGGAGGAGCCUCGGCUGGAGCAGGAGCUGGAGCGGGGCCGAGCGCUGGAGCUGCUGGCGCUGCCUGAGGAGCUCGGGCGCCUCCUGCUGGACGGGGCUCACACGGCAGAGACCCCCCCGGGCGAUACCACCGUGCUCUGACGGGGGGGGGGCACCCCUAACCCUACCCCCCCAUUCAUGCCAAUGGAGGUGCCUUGGCUUGAGGUUUGUGCCCCCCCCCCUUUAAGAUAUGGGGGGGUCCACAUACACACACACACACCCCCCUCAUCUUCCGGGGGGGGGCUACACCCCACUUCAGAGACCACUAAUGGGGGGUUCCCCCCCCCAUGCUCACACUCCACACCCCCCCCCUUAAUUUUGGGGUCCCCCCCAUUGUGUUGGGGCCAAAUCAUGGGGGACCCCCAAGUAUGGGGUAAUGGGGGGGGCUGCUUCACGACACUAAAUCCCCUCCUGCCCACGCUUCCUUUGCCCCCCCACACUUGGGGGGGGGAUAAAGGGGGGCUCCAAAUCCUACUUUUGGGGGGGGGCCCCCAAAAUCCUCCCCCUUUAGGGGGUCUCCCCCCAACCUUCCUCCUCCCUCCCCAUUUGGGGGGUUGCUCUAAAGGGCUAUUUUUAUACCAACCCCCCCCAGUUGAAGGGGGGGGGACCUGUCUGUCCUGCUCUGCUGUUGGGGGGGCCCCCCAAACUGGGGGCCCCCCCAAACCCACCCCCCUUUGUACAAUAAGAGUCUCUUUAUUCUUC